AAAUACAUUAAACAAGUAAAAUAUUUUCACAAGGGAAAAAAAAUAUGAGGAAAUGCAUAGAAAUGGAGGCAGCAAUUGUUGCUGCUAUUUUAUUAAUGACAAUCACAUUUAUGGCUUCUACUGCGCAAGAAGAUCAGACCACUGUUCCAGCACCACCUCAAGGAUUGGAAGGGGAGUGUUGGGAAACAAUAGGAAACUGCAUAGUAGAAAAUGUGAACAAUACUGCAGUGAAGCCAGAGUUGGAUCCAUCAAGUCCGUCGUUUAAUGCGACUGAAUUUUUUUGUUGCGAUCUCAUGCAAGAAGCUGCAACUACUGAUAAGAAGUGCUUUUGUAACAUUAAUGAUUUUGUUAUGGAAAAUCCAACAUUAGCAGCUAAUACUACCAUAUUAUUGUCAGUUUGCAAUAUUAUCGAUUUUUCACUCACUUCUCUUGAUGACUUCUGCGCCUAAUAAAUGGUAAUUUGGAUGUCAUGAAGUGUUUAUGUGAAGAUCGAGAAGACAAUUACUUAUUAAUACUCUUGAAGUUGGCGUGGGAUGUAUCUUGCUUGUUUUGUGUGAAUUGCUUGUUUUUGUAUUUCUCUUCUCUUGAAGUUGGCGUGCGAUGUAUCUUGUUUACACCAGGCAGUGUGAAAUGUUUAUGUACCUAAUUAGUGGGGCGUGUGCUAUGUACGCGCUUUCUCUAGCAAAAAUA